CGGAAGAAUCCAUUAGAGCGCAUUGUACAGGGGAGCACUGCACUGUAUGCUUGCCGUCUUCCCCCAUAAUGCCUAGAAAACGAAGACGUGCACAAGCAUUAGCUGAUGACAACAGUAAAGAAAUGGAUGGCGCUUUAAUUGAGAGAGAAAAGGAUUCAGCCACUAGCAAAUACUUCAAGGACAAAAUGACUCGUCUCUUGUCUGACUUUUACAAUAAGUCCUGCAUUGAGCUGGCUAAAUCCUUUUUGGGACAGAUUCUGGUUCGCAGGCUUCCAGAUGGGACAGAACUCCGUGGUAGGAUUGUGGAGACAGAGUCUUACUUAGGAGGGGAAGACGAAGCCUCACAUUCGAGAGGAGGAAAACAGACGGAAAGAAAUGUAGCAAUGUUCAUGAAGCCUGGAACCAUAUACGUUUAUCAGAUUUAUGGUGUAUACUUCUGUAUGAAUGUCUCCAGUCAGGGAGAUGGAGCUGCAGUUCUUUUACGCUCAAUAGAACCUAUAGAAGGCCUUGAUACAAUGAGAACAUUUAGAAAUGUUAGAAGAAGUGAACAAUCAAAACCACUGAAAGACAAAGAACUUUGCAAUGGACCCUCAAAACUCUGCCAAGCGUUUGCUUUUGAAAAGAGUUUUGACCGAAGAGAUCUUGCAACUGAUAAGAGCGCUUGGCUAGAGGCUGGGUCUAGUAUAUUGGAGGAGGACAUUGCGUCUUGUGCACGAAUUGGGAUUGGUAAUGCAGGAGAGUGGACCCACAAGCCUCUGCGAUUUUAUAUUAAAGACAACAAAUAUGUUAGUGUGCGGAACAAAGCUGCAGAGACUGGUGUUCCUUGCCUAAGUGUAAUUACAGCGUUUCAGGCAGAUAAGUAAUUGAUAUUGUAUAAAAAUAUUUCAUAUGGACUUUCCUUGUAAUCAUUUUAUAUGCUUUUCUAUUAAUUAAGAUAUAAAAACGUACCUGUUUUUGUUUUUUAUGCGUGUGUAUUAUGGUUCUCUAGGUAUUUUAAACAAUUUGGCUAUACAGGUUGAGUAUCCCUUAUCCAAAAUGCUUGGAACCAGAAGUAUUUUGGAUAUCGAAUUUUUCUGUAUUUUGGAAUAAUUGCAUCCCAUAAUGAGAUAUCAUGGCGAUGAGACCCUAGUCUAAGCACAGAAUGUAUUUGUUUCAUAUACACCUUAUACACACAACCUGAAGGCCAUUUAAUACAAUAUUUUUAAUAACUUUGUGUAUUAAACAAAGUUUGUGUACAUUGAACCAUCAGAAAACAAAGGUUUCACUAUCUCACUCAAAAAAUUCUAUUUUUCUGAAUAUUCUAUAUUUCGGAAUAUUUGGAUAUGGGAUACUCAACCUGUAUUUAGAAAGUGCUUGAGAAAACGAACAUCAUAGCUUAUAUAAACAGUGGUGGCAUUUAUCCUGCAGCUUACGUAACCAGUGACCAUAUUUAUACUGUGGCUUACAUAAACAGUGGAGCCAUUUAUACUGUAGCUUAAGUAACCAGUGGUGGCAUUUAUCCUGUAGCUUAUAUAACCAGUAGCGGCAUUUGUACUGUAGCUUAUAUAACCAGUGGCGGCACUUGUACUGUAGCUUACAUAAACAGUGGUGGCAUUUGUACUGUAGCUUACAUAAACAGUGGAGUCAUUUAUACUGUAGCUUAUAUAACUAGUGGCGGCAUUUGUACUGUAGCGUGCAUAAACAGUGGCGCAAUUUAUACUGCAGAUUACAUAAACAGUGGAGUCAUUUAUCCUGUAGCUUAUAUAACCAGUGGCAGCAUUUGUACUGUAGCUUACAUAAACAGUGGGGCCACUUAUACUGUAACUUACAUAACCAGUGGCGGUAUUUAUACUGUAGCUUUAUUUUUAUAUUUCAUUCCUAUUCUCACUGCAUGCUAGUGAUAAUAACAAAAAGAGCGCGCUAAAGCAAAAAGGUUUAAAUCAAGAUUGUCCUUUUUUUAAAGAAUUAUUACCAUAAUAAACAAGCUUUAUUUAGACACA